AUGAGCCGUGCACAGCCAUCCCAGACGCUCUUCCUUCCCGAGCUUCCGUCCGACAUCACCGACGGCGUCCUCGAGCGCCACUUCCGCGGCUUUGUCGGCUACGAGUCGUGCCGGACGCGCAACGAUCGCAACGGCAAACUUGUUGGCUUUGUCGAGUUUGAGAGCAUCGAGGACGCGUCGCGCGCGCGCGAGUCGAUGCAAGGCGCGUCGCCCUUCCCGGGCGUCAACUGGCACAUCCACUUUUCGACCAAUCCGGCGCGAGACCGCGCGCCAAAGCGCACGACGCCAUGA